CGGGCGGAGGCGGCGGCGGAGGGGGAGGUGCGAGCCGGGUGCCGCCCCCGGCCCCUCCCCGGCCCUCCCCGCUCCGCGCUCAGACAGCAGGCGGCCCAGGGGCGGGCGCGCCGCUGCAUCCCCAUCCUCGUCGUCGCCCGGCACAGCGCGAGCGGGCGAGCGGCGCGGGCUGUCGGAGCGCCGAGGCCCGGCCAUGGCCACCACCAGCACCACGGGCUCCACCCUGUUGCAGCCCCUCAGCAACGCCGUGCAGCUCCCCAUCGACCAGGUCAACUUUGUAGUGUGCCAACUCUUUGCCUUGCUAGCAGCCAUUUGGUUUCGAACUUAUCUACAUUCAAGCAAAACUAGCUCUUUUAUAAGACAUGUAGUUGCUACCCUUUUGGGCCUUUAUCUUGCACUUUUUUGCUUUGGAUGGUAUGCCUUACAUUUUCUUGUACAAAGUGGAAUUUCCUACUGUAUCAUGAUCAUCAUAGGAGUAGAGAACAUGCACAAAUACUGCUUUGUGUUUGCUCUGGGAUACCUCACAGUGUGCCAAGUUACUCGAGUCUAUAUCUUUGACUAUGGACAAUAUUCUGCUGAUUUUUCAGGCCCAAUGAUGAUCAUUACUCAGAAGAUCACUAGUUUGGCUUACGAAAUUCAUGAUGGGAUGUUUCGGAAGGAUGAAGAACUGACUUCCUCACAGAGGGAUUUAGCUGUAAGGCGCAUGCCAAGCCUACUGGAGUAUUUGAGUUACAACUGUAACUUCAUGGGGAUCCUGGCAGGCCCACUCUGCUCUUACAAAGACUACAUUACUUUCAUUGAAGGCAGAUCAUACCAUAUGACACAAUCAGGUGAAAAUGGAAAAGAAGAGAUACAGUCUGAAAGAACAGAGCCAUCUCCAAAUACUGCGGUAAUUCAGAAGCUCUUAGUUUGCGGGCUGUCCUUGUUAUUUCACUUGACCAUCUCGACAACAUUACCUGUGGAGUACAACAUUGACGAGCAUUUUCAAGCUACAGCUUCAUGGCCAACAAAGAUUAUCUAUCUGUAUAUCUCUCUUUUGGCUGCCAGACCCAAAUACUAUUUUGCAUGGACGCUAGCUGAUGCCAUUAAUAAUGCUGCAGGCUUUGGUUUUAGAGGAUAUGACAAAAAUGGAGCAGCUCGCUGGGACUUAAUUUCCAAUUUGAGAAUUCAACAAAUAGAGAUGUCAACAAGUUUCAAGAUGUUUCUUGAUAAUUGGAAUAUUCAGACAGCUCUUUGGCUCAAAAGGGUGUGUUAUGAACGAGCCUCCUUCAGUCCAACUAUCCAGACGUUCAUUCUCUCUGCCAUUUGGCACGGGGUAUACCCAGGAUAUUAUCUAACGUUUCUAACAGGGGUGUUAAUGACAUUAGCAGCACGAGCUAUGAGAAAUAACUUUAGACAUUAUUUCAUCGAACCUUCCCAACUUAAAUUAUUGUAUGAUGUUAUAACAUGGAUAGUAACUCAAGUAGCAAUAAGUUACACAGUUGUGCCAUUCGUACUUCUUUCUAUAAAACCGUCGUUCACAUUUUACAGCUCCUGGUAUUACAGCCUGCACAUCCUUGGUAUCUUAGUAUUAUUGUUGUUUCCAGUGAAAAAAACUCAAGGAAGAAAGGGUACACAUGAAAAUAUUCAGCUCUCACAAUCCAAAAAGUUCGAUGAAGGAGAACAUUCUUUGGGACGGAACAGUUUUUCUACAACAAACAAUGUUUGCAAUCAGAAUCAAGAAAUAGCCUCGAGACAUUCAUCACUAAAGCAGUGAUGGGGAAGGCUCUGAGGGCUAUUUUUUAAUGUUAACAGAAACCAAUCUUAGCACCUUUUCAAAGGUUUGAGUUUGUUGGAAAAGCGAUUAACUGGGGGGAAAUGGGGCAGUUAUAGAUGAGGAAUUUCCUGUGCACCAGAUUGGAAAUAGAGUGAAACAAGCCCUCCCACGCCAUGUCCCUGUGGGCCAUGCCUUAUGUAAGAAUAUUUCCAUGUUUCAGUGGGCACUCCCAACCUCAGCACUUGUUCGUAGGGUCACUCGCGUGCCCUGUUGCUGAAUGUACGUUGCGUAUCCCAAGGCACUGAAGAGGUGGAAAAAUAAUCGUGUCAAUCUCGAUGAUAGGGAGAAAUUAACUUUUCCAAAUGAAUGUCUUGCCUUAAACCCUCUAUUUCCUAAAAUACUGUUCCUAAAUGGUAUUUUCAAGUGUAAUAUUGUGAGAACACUAUUGCAGUAGUUGAUGUUGUGUGCUGUAAAGGAGUUUAGGAGGAAUUUGAAACAGGAUAUUUAAGAAUGUGGAUUUUUUUUAAAUGCAAUAAACAUCUCAGUAUUUGAAGGGUUCUCUUAAAGUAUGUCAAAUGACUACAAUCCAUAGUGAAACUGUCAACAGUAAUGGACGCCAAAUUAUAGGUAGCUUAUUUUACUGGAGGAUUUAAUUACCUUGUACAGUCAAGGAGCACUUCCAGAAGGAAUUUCUUAAAACAUAAUGAAAAGUUUGGUAAUGUGAUAUUUUAAGCUUACUCUUUUUCUUAAAAGAGAGAGGUGACGAAGGAAGGCAGGAAUGAAGCGCUGCGUGGCCUCCAGUGGAACGCACAGGGUGGAGACGUGGAUCUGCAGGCUGCUUCUCCCCCACACCAGGGCUCUGUGCCAUCCUGUGAGACUUAAAAAAAGUUGGAUAACUUUGUGAUACUUCAGACUUCUAAAUGAAAUUUGUCGGGCAUAAAUUAUGUAGGAUUAGAGGGUUUGAAAAUAAUAUUGGUAGGUUGCUCAAAGGUUUCGAAAGAGAAAUUGCUAGGUAGGUUACUAUCUGGCUAAUCAGUUUCUUAUCCUUGACAGUUUAAUUUAUAUUGGGGAAACUUUUAGGGAAGUGAAAACUAAAAGUCAUUAAGUCUUGGUGACAUUUUUUGAGAAUAAUAUAAAUUCAUUUUCAAAUCCUUCUCACAUUAAAAUUUUGCUGUGAACUCUUACUAAAAUCAGUUACAGAUUCUGUAAGUAGGAAAAUAUGCUUUUAUUUUGUGGGCCAUUUUUACCAUGAUUAAUCUUGCCUUGGAUUACUAGGUGUCUUCUGUGAUCCCACAGAGGACUGUGGUGGCCACAGUAGCUGAAAGCAGGAGAGUGGGAUUUGAUGCCAGGCAGUGGAGUGACCUCAGCCCUGGAUUGUAUCUCCUGCCCUGUGAUAGGGGGUGGGGGAGUCUUCAGAUUUCACCUUUAUUUGGCCUCUCUAUGGAACUUACUUUUCUUUUUGCCUUAAAUGUUUAAUGAAGUGCAAGUUUGCUGAGAUGGGUUUCUCUCUCUCUCUCUUUUUGUGGUGGGUGGGGUCACUAAUAAAUUUGCAAAUGAAGUUAAGGACACAGCAACCAUCUGGUGUAUGUUAUGUAAUACUUCAUUUAAAGAAGAAAGAAAAGCAAAUGCACUUGCAACUUUUGAGGUCUCAGUCAGCAAAAAUGUUCAUGUUUCUUUUUUGAAGUUGAGAAAUGUCCUAAUCUAUUUUUAUUUUUCUAAAAGUAAAUGUUUUCCAUCUGAUAAGGCUAGCCCUGCCAUUCCUUCUCAGGAAACAAAUCGAUAGCUAAAUAAAUUUUCUCUGUUUUCCCAUGCAUUGAAGUUAUGUUGGCUGGGUGUGGUGGUUCACGCCUGUAAUCCCAGUACUUUGGUAGGCCAAGGAGAGUGGGUCACUUGAGGUCAGGAGUUCAAGACCGGCCUGGCCAACAAUGUGAAACUCCGUCUCUACUAAAAAUACAAAAACUAGCUAGGCGUGGUGGAGAGCGCCUGUAAUCCCAGCUACUCAGGAGGCUGAGGCAGGAGAAUUACUUGAACCCAGGAGGCAGAGGUUGCAGUGAGCUGAGAUUGCGCCACUGCACUCCAGCAGGGUGACAGAGGGAUACUCCAUCUCAAAAAAAAAAAAGAAAAAAGAAAAAAAAUUUUGCCAGCUGUAUAUGUGAACAUUCUUUGUUCAUGGAAAGUGUGUGCCCUGUAAAAUGUCUGCUCAGUUUAAUUAAUGUCGCAGAGAAUCCGAUUGCUAUUAAGAGAAAGUGAACAAAUUAAGAAUUUAAAGGACAGGUUCAGGCAUGUCAUAAGUGAAAACGAGAAGGCUUAAUACAAACUUGUUGGGCUUUGUUUUUUUGUGUGUGGUUUUUUUUUGCGGGGGUAGAGGUUUCAGCCUAUCUAGCCAUUUACAAAUAAUCACAUUUCUGUUACCUGAACUUACUUUAUUUCUCAGUCUGUAAGCCUGUGUCACUGUUACCUAUUUCUUGCUCAGUGAAUAUAAUCUUUGUACUGUCAUCUAGAAAGCAACAUAUUUGAUUGGUUUUCCAGUUCCUUUGAAGAUGAUAAUUACAUGUGCAGUUUGACUAAUUUUCAUCCCCCUGAAUCAACAACUACUUUUUUUUAUGAAAUGGUUUUUGGAUAGCUCUCCUUUAGUUUGGAGAAGUAAUAAUCACAAAGAUUAAUAUUUUGCUUCUAGUACUUAGAGUAGAAGAAUUUUAAACUGGCACGUCUAUUCCUGUUAAAUAGAAAGGGAUUCAUUGUAAUAUAUGCUUGCUUUUUUUUCAUCAGCAGAAUAAGAUUCAAUGUAUAUUUAUGUUAUAUAUUUUCCACUAUUCAGGUAUCAUGAAAUCACUCCAGAGAUGAUCAAUCAAUAUCAUAUUUGUACUUUUGGUUAAUUAUAUAUUACUCAGGGAAAAAAUGAACAAAAUGAACAAAAUCAUUCAUCCUUCAAUUUCAUUUUCUUGAAACAAGAGUUAGUUUAAUUUGGUAUGCCUCAGCUGUCACCAUUUUAUAAGUGGCUCAUUCUGUUUUUAAAGUAAGUGUUUUUAUUGGAACUCAGGGUAAUUGGGGUAAUUUAUUUAGCUUCUAAAAUAUCCAGCAGGAUAGAGAAGAUUUAUUUGGCUUCAAAAAUGUCCAGUGACCACUACUCUUAUUAGCCACUACUGUCCAUUUGACUCAGAAAUAUAUUUAUUCUUGGUCUCCACCAUGUGUGACACUCACAGGAUUUCCACACAUACCACUUUUGAGAAAAAUGUGCAGUAAAAAGGAGGUUUCCACAAAGUGAUAGCUUACAUUUAAGCACUAGCUGACCUGGGAGGAGACCUAGAUCUUCGUUCUGGUUCUGUCUUUCAUGAAACUGAGGACUUGGAGGAGCACCUGUCCUGUAGACCCCAAGUUUCUCAGCCAUAAGCAAAUGAGUUAGUUCUAAGAGUUCAGCACCAGUUGUGUGUCAUGACGGAGCCAUUAGCAAGGUCUGUAGGAUUCAAGGACUUGGGCAGGUUCACAGUCGACACUAUUGUCAAGGUCAUUGACUUUUACUACUUGAGCUCAAAGCCCUGACUUUUCAAAGGGUUGUCAUGGUAACAGUGAAAUCCCUUAAAUCAGAAGGCAUGGCAACAUACUUUUUCUACUGGCAGUAGCUCUUACAAUGAGUGUUUCAUAAUCAAAUAGUCUCUGCUGAAGAAAACAUGUUUUCCUUUUGCUUUCUCUGCUUUUUUGGUUUUUGUUUGUGCUGUGUAAACUUGGAGAAGAUAUAUGCUAUGAGAUAUUUUAUACAGACUAGUGACUACUGAACAGGGUUUGCCACCAUAUAACAUCUCAAAGCUAUUAAAAACAAUGUAGUUUAGUUAUACCUUAUUUUAAACUACAGAAAACAAUAGCUUUAAAAUUUUGCCAUUAAAAUAAUCAUAAAUUUAUAGUUUUACUUGAGGACUAGAUCACAGUUUUAGGACAAAAAUCUUUCCUAUUUAAAAUUCAUAGUAAAUAUUCAGUUUGUAUCUUCAUGAACAAAUCUGGACAUUUAUACAUUUUUGUUUCCUAAUUAUCAUCUGUUCACAAUUAGUUGGUUUCAACAGUUCUACAUUAUAAUUGAGAGAAAAAUUACUUGAGAGAAUAAUUGUUUCAGAAUGGUGCCUACUAUUUUGUGUCAGCUAAAAAUUUGUCCAGAGUUUUAGAUAUAAAUCAGUAUUUCGUGGGGUUUUAUUCAGGCAUUAAUAGUUCUUCCUGGCUGAAAUUUAAUACGUCAGAUGUAAUAUAGGUGCAGAAUCCUAAAUAACACUGUGAGAUGUAACCUUAACUGCCCUCAAUACCUUAUAAAACUGAUACACUUAACCCAGUGUGCAUGUAAUGAGUGGCUGGUGGUUGAUGCCCUCAUCUUAGAUGCUGAAAUUUCUGUUUUCUACAGCCCUUGUAAAAGUGGAUGUCUUGAUCAAUGCGUGCCUCCAGUGCGGACAGAAAAGAUUUGUGUUUAAGAAGAGAAAAAUACACCCUGAAAUUUAAUAGAUUAGAAUGUAGAGGGUCUCUACAGUGAUUUUCUGCAUACCAAGCAGUCAAAUCUAUUUAUAGAAACUCUGAUUCAACAGAAAUUUUAAAAUGAAAUUUUCCACGUCGGUAUUUUGUAGGAAAGCUCUUAUAAUCAAUGCUUGAGCCUCUUUUUGAGGCUCUUCUUGUACAGAGGUUGCAGCCAAUUACAUUUUAAUUUGGUAGGCUGCUGAAUAAUGAUUUUGUAUGUUUUAAAAUAAUACUUAUUUUAAUAGGUUUUUUUUAAACAUUAUGCAAACUCCAAUAAAGAACUGACACGCUCCAUAGGCCAUUAACUGGGAAAAUUUUGUGAAACACAGUCUAAAUACACAGUUUUUACACCAACUAAUUUGUCUUAGCUGUAAAACUGAUUAUAACUCUUCUUUAAGUACAACUUUGAUAAAGAAAAAACGCAACACUAAGACUAUCUGCUCUGUAUAUUAUAGUGUAAUGAUCUGUGCAGAACCACUGUCUGCAGCUUACUCAGUGAUGGACAGCCAUCUCUCCAGCCACGUUUUACCAAAUCGCACACUAAAAAGGAAUGCAAAUACUACAAUGAAAAACCAAAAGUUACAGAGAAACAUAAGUAAAAUCACUAAUCAGUUUCUUAGUAACAUGUUUGAAAUAGAAAAGGUAACUGACUGCCAUUCACUGUUUUAUAUUCACUCUUUUAGGUUAAUUUUCUUAGGAAGUGCAUUUGUUAAUAUUCCUCCCUGUCCUUUUGCAUUAAAGGACAAAUAUAUAUGUUGAGAAUUUGACAGACCUUUAAAAUAUUCCUCUUUCCCAAUUUUAAGUAUUUUUGGUUCUGUGUGCACAGAUUUAUCAGUGAAGUACAUUUGCCUCUGACUUUCUCACAAGGUAAAAGGAAUCAAACAUUGAACACAAAUGUGUUCCAAACCAGUCUUGUCCCUCUUCUGUCGCUUUUAUACGACUGCCCCUCUGAACCAGAAGGGGCAUGAUACAAGGCAAUAGGAAUGAAAGUAAAAAUUGAAUGAAGUGAGAAAUUCUUCUAUAUACAGAGUGAAAAUGUGGGAUUUCAUUCCUGCCUUCCUUUAAAUGUUGUGUCUCAAUCUCUGCCUAGUAGUAGUUGAGCCCUCAGUCACCCAAACAUGAGGAGAGAGACCCAACUCCAGCAGCCAGAAUUUAGGAUUUACAUUUGCCUUCCCGAGUUGAGAAUAGAAUGUGGUGUUCUGUGCUUUCUGUUUUUAUUAUUCCAAACUAUUUUUUUAAAGAAGUGUUAUUUUUCAACAGAUUCAUAAAUUAGUUCUUGUAUGGUAAAUUAAAACUCCCACUGUGUCAGUCAAACUGUGAUGUGCCAGUUUCAUAACCACUGAUUUCUAGUGUGUGUCAGAGCUGCACUGGUGGCUUAUCGCUGGGUUUUAAAGGUGUUUUUAACUUACAUGUAAGUGUUUUUUUUUUUUCCCCUAAUUUGUGUGUCUUUACAACUGAUUAAACAGUAAUUUAAAAAUA